AUGAGCCGGGCCGUGCUUUUGACUAAUGUUUCUGGAAACAGAAGCCGGAGUGAACCGGAAAAGGGAUUGGGAGGUGCCAAGGUGGUCACCGGUUCAACCAUGGAAGACAUGAAGGAGAGAUGUAAGGAACUGCCUGAAGAACUCAAUUCCUCUCAAUCACUAAUAGAAUUCGUCAUAAAUUUGUUGCCCAAUGCCUAUCUGUUCGACGUCAAUAGGUGCGAGGCCUUAUGCAGAGCCCUCGAAAGAUUCAGAGAACUCAAAGAGAUUGAGCUUUCUCACCUUGGGGACCUUUCAGACGUCAACUACCCCGUAUUGAAAAUCGCCUAUUCGGGUUUGGAUCUUCAACUCCUCUCUUUCUAUCGUUUUCCGGUUUCUCCAUCUGUUAGGAGAUUGGGAUCUGCCAUGAACAAUUUGAAGAUUUUAAGAUGCAGUGAAUUUGACUCACUUCGAGAUCUAGAUCAUGUUCAUUUAACUGAUGCUUUACCACGACUUGAAGAGCUAGAUAUCCGAUGUAACAGGUUUGGACCGCGGGGAGUUUGGCAUACUAAAUUACCAGAUCAGUUUGUUACUGAGGCGGGGAUAGAGACAACUUCGCGUAACCUUCGAGGGUUGCAUCGUAUUGAUAUAUCUGGGAAUUAUUUUUGUUCUUAUCUCUCUCUCAUUGCUCUUUCAUCCAAUUGUGUGCUUCUGAAAUGUCGUGGCUGCAACAUAAUUGGACGAGGCAUUGAUUGGGUCCUUAGCCAUAGCACAAACUUAACUUCUCUCCAGGAAGGAUUUUAUGUUUCAUUAGGAAAUUCAGCCUUCCCUUUUGAUGAUAUGGAUAUAUCUGCAACAGGUUUAAGGGAACUUGGAUCUGGUGAUCAAGAACGACUUCUUUGUUCCAUUGCAAAAGGGGGCAUCCCAUUGGAGAAGCUCAGCCUACAUGGACCCCGAUUGUAUCAACGUCAUGAACUUACGACUUUGUUACGCGCAUUUCCUACUUUGAAGCACUUUAAGGUGCGCAGUGGAUAUUCGAUCAAUGGCAACAAUAAGACGAGAGAGAUAUGCCGAUGUCUUCCCAAUAUUGAAGACAUAGAGCUUGAUGGUUUUUACUCCUUAACUGCUACCACUUUCUCUGUACUUGCAAAAGAAUGUCCCGCGCUUUCAGAAAUAAAAUUGAGAAACGGAUAUAUGAGUCUCUUUGAAGAUGAUUUUGUCAUGAAUCUGGAAAGGAAUUAA